UCAAACCAGUUCGGUUACCUCCCAGUGUCCCGCCCCAGCGCGGGCUUCCUCGGUCCCACGCUUUAGCGAUGCUUUUGAUUAUUUAUGAUAAGGAGGUGAUCAGAACUUCUGCACUGGCCUCCCCCAACCAUGUCCUCCGCCACCUUCACCUCCUCCACCACCGCCGCCGCGGCCGCCUCCAUCACAACCACUCACUUCUCUCCACCACCUCCGCCCACCUCUACACCCCACUUCCUCCUCCCUCCCGAGCACGCCGCCUCCCUGAUCGACCGGUGCCGGACCGUCCGCCGCCUCCUCGAGAUCCACGCCGCCGUCCUUCGCUCCAGCCUCCACCACCACCCGAUCGUCAACUUCAAGCUUCAGCGCUCUUACUCCUCCCUCGGCCUCCUCGACCGCCAUCUCGCCCUCCUCCGCCUCACUCCCGACCCUAACGUCUUCUUCUGGACCGCCGCCAUCCACGCCCACGCUCUCCACGGCCUCCACCACGCCGCCCUCCUCCUCUUCUCCCAGAUGCUCUCCGUCGCUGUCGUCCCUAAUGCCUUCACCCUCUCCUCUACCCUCAUAUCCUGCCCCCUCCCCCAAGGACGUGCCCUUCACGCCCACUCCCUCAAGCUCUCCCUUGCCGCCGACCCCUAUGUCGCCACCGCCCUCCUCGACAUGUACGCCCGCGCUGGCGACGUCGCCUCCGCCCGCCGCCUCUUCGAAGACAUGCCUGAGCGGCGGCUUGUCUCUUCCACAGCUAUGAUGACUUGCUAUGCUAAACUUGGUGACUUGCAGCAGGCCCGCCAGCUGUUCGACGAAAUGGACCAGAGGGACUGCGUCUGCUGGAACACUAUGAUCGAUGGGUACACCCAGCACGGCCGCCCCAACGAGUCUCUGGCCCUCUUUAGGCGGAUGCUAAGGUCCUCGGCAAGGCCCAAUGAAGUCACGGUGAUCUCCGUGCUUUCUGCUGUCGCCCAGCUGGGCUCGCUGCCUUCAGGCAAAUGGGUGCAUUCUUACAUAAAGAACAUCAAAAACCGAAUUGAAUUCAAUGCAAAAGUGGGGACUGCGUUGAUCGACAUGUAUUGCAAAUGUGGGAGCUUGGAGGAUGCUUGCUUGGUAUUCCAUACCAUCAAAGACAAAGAUGUUGUUGUUUGGAAUUCGAUGAUUGGUGGUUAUGCAAUGCACGGCAACAGCAAGGAAGCCCUCAAGCUGUUCUCCAAAUUGCACGCCGAAGGUUUUCAACCGACCGACAUCACCUUCAUCGCAGUCUUGAAUGCUUGUAGCCAUUCAGGUCUAGUGAGUGAAGGAAGGGAGCUCUUCCACAUGAUGGAAAAGGAGUACAGAAUUGAGCCUAAAGUUGAGCAUUAUGGAUGCAUGGUUGAUCUCCUCGGGCGCGCAGGGUUGGUCGAUGAAGCAUACGAGCUUGUUCGGAGCCUGAAAUUUGUGCCAGACACGGUAAUGUGGGGUUCAUUGCUGGCAGCUUGUAGGCUUCACAAAAACAUGGCUUUGGGGGAGAAGAUUGCGAAUUAUUUGGUCGGUACUGGCCUUGCAAACUCUGGGACUUAUGUUCUUCUGUCCAAUAUUUAUGCAGCAGUGGGGAAUUGGGAGGAGGUGGCUAGAGUGAGGACCUUGAUGAAGGGGAGUGGGGUUCAAAAGGAGCCUGGUUGUAGCUCGAUUGAAGUCGACAACAAGGUGUAUGAGUUUGUUGUGGGGGACUUGAGUCAUGCCAAGAGCCAAGAGAUGUAUGCAAUGCUGGAGGAGUUGAAUGGCUUGCUCAAAGCUCAUGGAUACGUUCCCCAGAUAGAGCUGGUGUUGCAUGAUUUAGAGGAGCUCGAGAAAGAGCGAGCUCUCAAGGUUCACAGCGAGAAAUUAGCUAUAGCUUUUGGGCUGAUCAGCACUAAACCAGGGACGGCGAUUAAGAUUGUCAACAACCUUCGGGUUUGCACUGAUUGUCAUACUGUUAUGAAACUGAUCUCGAAGAUAACUGGAAGGAAAAUUAUUGUAAGGGAUAGGAAUAGGUUCCACCAUUUUGUUGAUGGCUCAUGCUCUUGUGGGGAUUAUUGGUGAAUGUGAUUUAAUUGGUAAGAUCGAGCUGUAAACUCAACUUCAAUUGUAAUUAUAGUUGUAAUUAUAGUUGUAAUUUGUAAUGGAUGGCAACCAGCAUAAGCAUAUUCUUUCAUAUUCUAGACGUUGUCAUUUGCCUCCCAUUAGAUGCGUGGCUUUGGGCUGGACAAAAUAAUAUCGGUCCAUAUUUGUCUUUCUUAUACAAGUAUAUCAGGAUAUGGAUGCAUAUUUCACCAUCCAACUAAUAUUGUUUGCCACCAUGUCAGUAAAGAAACAGAUAUAUCCCACAUAAGAGAAAAUAUAUUCUUCCUACAAAAAAAAAAAAAAAAAAAAGAAGGCAGGUAUCUAAUUUGUAUCCAAACAUGGGAAUUUGAUCUUCUAUGGCUCAUGCGAAUCUUAAAGGGUUUCGGUGCCAGACUUUUAUCGGCCCAAUUGGGCCGCGUUCCCAAUUUCUCAGACUUCUUCGUGCUGUCCCCCCACUUCGCCGAGGGACCGCCCGUCGCCGAUUGUCGUCGCUGGAGCCGAGUCUCGAAUCUCGAUCCGCCCACUCUCCCUCGCCUCCCUCCUCCUCCUCCAAUCUUCGCUCAGUGUCUUGGUCAGGAAGAAAACAAACAUUGAUUUGGUGGCAAGAGAUCUUCAAACAUUGG